AUGCACCAAACAACUUGGCCUCAGGAGCCGGUGACCUUUGAGGACGUGGCCGUGUACUUCACCCAGAAUCAGUGGGCCAGCCUGGACCCCAUGCAGAGGGCCCUGUACCGCGAGGUGAUGCUGGAGAAUUAUACGAACAUGGCUUCCCUGGUAGCAUUUCCAUUCCCCAAACCUGUUCUGGUCUCCCACCUGGAGAGAGGGGAAGCGCCAUGGGGCCCAGAUCCCUGGGAAGCAGAGGUUUUGAGAGGCAUCUGUCCAGGUGGUGAGUCCCGGGUCAGGAGCGAAGAGCCGGCUGGAAGGCGGGAAGCCUCUGAAGAGGCAGAGUGGCCCAGAAAGCCAGGAGGAGGGCUUCUCAGAAACGUUUCCCAGCAGUUUGACUUUAAAAGCAAGGCGACAUGGCAGACGUUCAGCCUGAAUCCGAAUCUGAUCCUUCGGGGGGGAAUGAAGUUCUACGAGUGUAAAGAAUGUGGGAAAAUCUUCAGGUACAACUCGAAGCUGAUUCGGCACCAGAUGAGUCACACCGGGGAGAAGCCCUUCAAAUGUAAGGAAUGCGGCAAAGCCUUCAAGUCCAGCUAUGACUGUAUCGUCCAUGAGAAAAACCACAUCGGAGAGGGGCCCUACGAAUGCAAGGAGUGCGGCAAAGGUUUGAGUUCCAACACGGCCUUGACGCAGCAUCAGAGGAUCCACACUGGAGAGAAGCCGUACGAGUGCAAGGAGUGUGGAAAGGCCUUCCGCAGGAGCGCAGCGUAUCUCCAGCAUCAGAGAUUGCACACCGGGGAGAAACUCUAUAAAUGCAAAGAGUGUUGGAAAGCUUUCGGCUGUAGGUCGCUCUUUAUCGUCCACCAGAGGAUUCACACAGGGGAGAAGCCCUACCAGUGCAAGGAGUGUGGCAAGGCCUUCACUCAGAAGAUAGCUUCCAUCCAGCAUCAGAGGGUCCACACCGGAGAGAAGCCCUACGAAUGCAAGGUGUGUGGGAGAGCGUUCAAAUGGUAUGGCAGUUUUGUUCAGCACCAGAAAUUGCACCCUGUGGAGAAGAAGGCCGUCAAGGUUCUCGGGCCAUCCCUGAGGAGUCCGCGGUGCCCCUCUUCAGCCCUAUCUGCUGUUCCUCUCCAGGGCCCGUGCCCUGCUCCAGCUGUGGCCGUGCCUUCACUGACCUUUCCACAUGCUGUGCUUGUCCCCACCUCUGGGCCUUUGUUCAUGCUACUGCCCGCAUCCGGAAUGCCUGCCUCACCUGUCCAGAUAGUGCGUGUCUUCCAGGGCCUUCCUCCCCCUGUGAAGCCUUCCACAGUUAUUCUGACCCCUUCCCCACACCCGUCCUGA